UAGAUAGAGAGAGAGAGAGAGAGGGUGUGUGUUCAUACUUCAUAGUAACUAAUAUAUAUACGAGACUAGAGAGUGUGUGUUGAUAGUAGUUGUGUUGAGAGAGAGAGAUGUGGAAUUUAGGGAUUAUAGGAGUGCUGUUGGGUACGGAGAGCUUGGAGGUGGGAUUAAACACCUUAAGCAAAGCAGCAAUGAGAAGUGGAAUGAGCAACCUAAUCUUUGUUUUGUACCAAAAUGCCCUUGCAAUUCUCUUCCUGGCUCCUUUAACCUUCAUCUAUCACAGAAUAAGAUCUCCUCCACCUAGACUCACCUUCUCCAUACUCUGCAGAAUCAUCCUUAUUGGCAUUGUCGGAGGUUGUUUGCAGGUGUUUACUUUUACUGGGAUUAGGUUGAGCUCCCCAACUCUGGCUUCAGCAAUGUCCAAUCUUACCCCAGCUUAUACCUUCAUACUUGGUGGUGUCACCAGGAUGGAAAAGAUAAACCUGAAAAUGAAGAGCAGUCAGAUGAAGUCUGUCGGUACCAUAGUAUCAAUCAUAGGGGCAUUUGUUGUGACUUUCUACAAAGGCCCUGCAAUCAUUUUCGCGCCAUCGCAUUCUACCUCACUGAAUGAUCAACUUCUUCAGUCCCCGCGAUCGAACUGGGUGAUAGGAGGAUUUCUCCUUUCUGCUGCUAGCUUCUUGAUUUCAGUAUUGUUUAUUGUCCAGACGUGGGUUAUGAAGGACUACCCUGCAGAGCUGAUGGUAUCUCUCAUUUCUUGCAUAUUCGCGACAAUUCAAACCGCCAUUAUUGCUCUGUUUAUGGAAAGGAACCCGUCUGCUUGGAGAAUAAGGCCUGACAUAGAGUUGGUUACUAUUGUGUAUUCGGCAAUUUUUGUGAUUUCACUUCGAAAUGUUGUUUAUUCAUGGGCUUUACACAAGAAGGGGCCUCUAUUUGUGACAAUGAUUAAGCCAGUUGGUAUGGUCAUUGCAAUUGUCAUGGGGACUACUUUUCUUGGAGACACACUCUAUAUUGGAAGUGUGAUUGGAGCAGUCAUAAUAGCACUUGGUUUCUAUUCUGUAAUGUGGGGAAAAACCGAAGAAGAGAAGAUUGUUGAGGAUAAUUCACUCUGUGAUAUUGAUGCUUGCACUGAUAAAGUUCCUCUUUUGCAAACGAAGGGCAUGGUGGUAUAGAAUUUCUAUACAAAGUAAUGGAAGCUAUGUUAAACACAUUUUUUUCAAGUGUUUGAUGAUGUGAAGACCAGACCCUGCAUCUAUUUACUAAUUCGAUAUACAAUGAUAAUCACUUUGUAUUGCUUUUGCAUAGGAAUUGUUUGUACAAGAUUAUUUUACUUUAAUAUUGUGAAUGUAUAAGAACUGAAUCGAAAGAGUAAUGCUACAA